AUGGCUCGGUUGAUGUCCACAAGAGGUGAUGCUCCAUCAAAAUGGAGGAAUGCUCUCAAAAGCCUUGACUACUACUCACAAGAAUUUGAAUCUGAAGCAGGUGGCAGUCUAGCAUCUCUCAAUAGAGCCUUGUUGAGUUAUUAUGAACUGCCGACUUACCUCAAGUCAUGUUUCUUAUAUUGUGAAAUGUUCCCCAAAACAUAUGGCAUUUUUGCCCAAAGGUUGAUACGCAUGUGCAUUGCGGAGGGGUUUAUUAUCAAGGAUGACCCCCAUAGUGGCAGUGACAGAACACUAGAGCACAUAGCAAGGGAUUACUUCCUUCAGCUCAAAAAUAGAAGUUUGCUUCAGAUCAUUCCCGAUGAGUACAAUGGUAAAGAGUGGGGAAGAAUCGAAAUGCACGACCUUUACCGUGUUGUGGCGUGUGAGGCGAUUAGAAGGGAAAUGUUUGCUGAAAUCAUCAAAUUGGAGCAAAGUAGCUGCAGGAAACUUGAGUGGAAGCAAAGGUUUAGUUUGAUCAUCCUGGAUGAGGAGCAAAAGGUUCAGCUUGACAAUUGCUACGAAAAUAUGAAGAAGCUACAUACACUCAUCAUCAACCACUGUGAAAGGAUUAUUGCUGUGAAUUCAUUCCCUCAGAUGCUCCAAAACAUGAAGUUACUCAGAGUUUUUGUGUUGGAAUGGUUACCUGAUGGUAUGGUGGAACUGCCCAAUGAGGUUGGGGAUCUAAUUCAUCUUAGCUACUUAAGUCUGUCUGGUCAUAACGUGACACAUCUUCCUGAUUCAUUGGGAAGAUUGCACAAUCUACAGACAUUGGAUUUAAAAUCCACUUUGAUAAAUAGUUUGCCUAAAUGCGUGUCAGAGCUUAUGCAGCUAAGACAUCUCUUUGGAGGUGAUGAAUUACAGGUGUCAGAUAUUGUAUUCACAUUUUCUCAGCUUCAAACAUUAUCUGGCAUACUAAUUAAUACCAUCCAAGCAAGAGAUUAG